AUGUCGACUAAAACGACAGAUCUGUCUGUCGUCGCUGAUCGGGAGGCUGCCCUUCAUAAGCAGUGGGAGUCGAUUCAGGCUGUUCUCAAGUCUGUGCGAGAUGAACUUUCACCGGCUAAGGUAGAGACCACGACCACAUGCCAAGAGUUAACUGAGGCACAGGCUGAAGCACACAAAGUUGGGAAAGAGCUGAAGGAUUAUCAGGAAGGCGAGAGCUCUCACCUAGCAGCUUACAAAACCCCCUACCUAGCCUCCAAAGAGUUUGGGUCGAAGAUAGGCAACCUUAUCGACCAAAUGCUUUGCUAUGGUGAUGAUGAUUAUAAUUCUUGUUCUUGGCAAAUUCAUAAGUCUGCCACUGACCAAACAAUGAAAGUGUUGCUCGAUAAUUACGACUCUUUUACAGAAGUUGUAGGUUUAUUAGGAUUCUUGAUUUGCCUGAUUGUGCUUGUAAAAGUCUAUCGCAAGAAGAAGCAUCACCCGAAGAAUAUCAAAAGUGUAGAAACCAUUCUCAAAGACCAUGUAUUGUCAUUGCUUAAAAGAUACAAGUAUUCUGGCGUAAAGGACAUGACCAAAUCAUUCAGCUGCAAACUAGGACAAGGUGGAUAUGGCAUUGUGUAUAAGGAGGCUCUCCGUAAAGGUCACCGAGUUGCGAUGAAGAUCCUAAAUGAAUUCAUCGGAAGAGUUUUUGAAAAUGAGGCAGCGAGCAUUAGUGCAACGUCCCUUGUCAAUGUAGUCGGCUUGGUUGGCUUUUGUUUGCAGGGAUUAAAGAGGGCUCUAGUCUCCAACUUCAUGCUGAAUGGAUCCUUAGAGAGGUUCGUUCUUGCUGACAAACAUGGUGUAACAACAUUGCUUGAUUGCGAGAAGCUAUAUGAUAUCGCAAUGGGCAUCACGCGAGGCCUUGAGUACCUACAUCGAGGGUGCAAAAAUUGA